UGUAUGCAAAACAGCGGCACAUGCUAUUUCUGCUUUCCACAGCAAAGAAAAUGGCUGUUUAUGUUUAGGAUUCUUUUAAUAAGGAGUGUCACUAACUGUGUUCUUGCAGUCAGUAAUCUUGGCAAGGGUUGGGAUUGUUGGCACAAGAUUGAAACUAUGUGAAGUUGUAGGAAAAACAAACAAGUGUGGACUUCCUCAUAUGUGGAGGACAGAGCUACAGCUUCGGUUGCACUUUAACUCAGUGCUGGAUUUAAGCCCAUUUUUGACUAUGCAUCCAUCCCUAAAUAAACAAUUAAGAGGUUGAUGAAACACAUUUACAUGCAAACUAAUGCCUAAGCAGUUUUUAUAGAUAAACAAAAAGUUGUUUCUUAGCAGCUGACUCUUAUAUUUGUUAACUGGAAAAUAUGGGACAUGGUUUUUAUUUAACUACUGUAUGAUGGUGUUUUUGUCCCAUAGUUGCUGAGACUAGCUGCCAGAUAAAUUCUUAGUUUUUACUGUUACCUGGUUACACUGAGGUUCAGUUACACAACUUCAGUGAUGCCUUACAGUAUUGUUCUAGAAACAUAUAAAAGUUAAUCCUGUUAAUCCAGGCUUCUGUCACAUGGAGCAAAGGAACUAGACGUGCACAGAGACCUGUGGUAAUGGCUACUAGGCAUCUUUAGGCAAAAUAUAGUUGCGGUGCUCUUUGAUGUUCCUGUUAGUUGUUAAGAUUACAACAAAAAGGAAGUCCUUCUCUUUCAUCACCUCAUGCUUCAUUAUACUUUGGACUAAGUUCUAGGUCUUUCGCUAAGUAAUAUGUAAUUUGAGAUUUACUACUAUCUAUCUAGUGUUAUCUAAGAGUCUGUAAACAGGAAGCUCCAUAUAUUCAUAUUGUGAUUGUGAAUUUGACAGUGGCACAAGCAAGCACAGUGCAUAACCAGUGAUUCUGAAUUUUUAGUGCCAUGGCAUUGUAUUUGUAGAAAUCUGAUGUCAUAGUUUCAUAGCUUACUGCAACACUGUCAUGCCACAUUUCAUCUGUUAGUUCUGAUAAUCUGGUGAAUUUUGCAUCAUUUUGUGUGACACAAAAUGACACUUGGAUCAUUUUUAUUCACACAUAAUAGUCUAUCCUGACUUUAAUUAUAGCCUUUUUGGAUAUACAUGUACUGUAAAAAUGAAAGCUUACUUCAGACACUAUUAAUAGGUCUAUACACUACUGUUAAAAAGUUUAGGGUCGGUUGAGUGUCUUAUGCUCACCAUGGCUGCAUUUAUUUAAUCAAAAAUUAAUACACUGAAAUAAUAUUGCAUUUUGAAAUAACUUGUGUUUUAAUCAAUUUUAAAAUGUAGGCCUCAUAUAGUUCUGAUAGGAUGCUGAGUUUUCAGCAGCCAUUACUCCAGUCUUCGGUGUCAUAUGAUCCUUCAGAAAUCAUUCUAAUAUGGUGUUCAAGAAAUAUCUCUUACUAUUAUCGAUGCUGGAAACAGUUGUGUUGCUUAAUAUCUAUUCCUUUCUUUUUCAGGAUUCUCUAAUGAAUAGAAAGCAUUUCUAAUAUCAGCAUUUAUUUGAAACAAAAAGUGUUACAUUAUAAAUGUCUAACCCUACUGUCAAAAGAUCAAUUUAAUGGAUGCCUGCUGAAUAAAAAUAUCAAUUUAUUAAAAACAAAAUUAUACUGACCUCAGACGUUUGAAUGGUAGUGUAUGCUUUAAUAUUGUUUCCCUACCAAUAUAGUCCAUAUUAGGCUACUUGGUUUAAGCAGCUUUAUUCAUUUAAGAUUUUCAACAAAUAUCACACAUGCUUUAUUAAACCUUAUAGACUUCAUAGAAAACAUUUAACAUGGAAAUGUAUUGCCUCGUAUUACAAAGAACGUUAAGCUCUGUGGUGAAUUCUGUAUGUUGGCAUGUGCUGUGUCUCAUUGACUGUUUUCUUUCAGAUGAAGAGUCGCUUGAAAUCAACUGGCAUUGGAAUCACAUCAAGUUCAGGUUACAAACACAAUACCUUUUUCCAGGAUGCUAACAAACUGCUCCUGAACGAACGAGCUAACUGGGUGCAUCUAAAGGAGUUUGCCCGUAAAAAUGCUGCCAAUGCUCUUUCUGUUGCCAACAUGCUCAUGGGCAUGGCCUCAAUCCUCUGCAGUCUCAAUGGCCAUCAUCAUGCCGCAUGCUGGCUGGUUCUGAUCGGUUACCUGCUGGAUUUGGCAGAUGGAGCAGUUGCUAGGCAACUAAAUGCGUGUUCUGCACUGGGUGCAAAGUUGGAUGAUUUUGCUGAUUUCACAACAUUUGGAAUAGCCACAUCUCUCAUCUUAAGGACACCCAGUCUUUUGGAUAACAUCAUGUGCAUGUUGUAUGUGCUGUCUGUCUAUACCCGUCUCUGCUUCUUCUCUAGUGGAAUCCCGUUCAUGUACCGUGGCCUACCGUGCAUCUACUCCUCUGCCAUCCUGGUGUGUGUUUCUCUGCUGACUGGAGGAAAUACGGCAGUACUGAGAAUCCUAGCAGUGGCCAUGAUUCUCUUCAUGGUCAGUCAGAACUUCUACCCACAUGACAGAGUGCUGGAGUCUCAGGCCUGGAAGAAGGUGGUCUACAUCGGAGGAGUUGCCAUGGUGUUUUGCUCCUCUUUCCCUCCAGCGUGCGUCUACUACUUGUUAUGGUCAAUUUCCUACAUAUUGUUUCCAACAACCCUGUGGAGCAGCAAAGUGUAAAGGGGUAAUGGCCUAUGAGGCUUCUCCUUCCUGCAAAGGAAAAAUCAAACCGAUUUAGAAACUCAGAAAGCAAUUUUUAAAUCAGUUUUGUUCUGAGGGGAUGAACUUCAUGAAAUCGACAUGAUCUAGACGGCUUACGGACAUCUUGAUUGCUGCUGAUGUUUCAUCGCUAAGGAUGAGAAAUGCUCUUUACCUCUGCUUCACAUGUCUUGUCGUGUUUGCAUGGCAUGCUGACAGAGACUCAGUAGAUGUCUUGGAUACACUGUGUUUGGUGUUUGUUGCACACUUCUGCCUAAAUGAACCAAAAAGGCAAGAAGCAAAGUAGAGAUUGUCAAAUUUGCUGUGGAAUUUAUUUUUGUAGAAUUACUGCUUUUUGGUUGUUUAAGAAACACAAAAAUCCAAAACUCAGCUCUCAAUCAUAAUCAAAUAUCUGAUUAAAUAUAUAACAUUUUAAAAAAUGACCAUAAGGGAAUUUUAUUCAUAUGAUUUGUGUAUUUUCAUGUAAAAACACUACAGUAGGCAUCAUAAUAUACUGUACUUUAUCAAUUGCCUGGAUAAUGUGUAACCUAAAAUACUUCAUGUCUCAUAUAAUAUUAAGUGGGCCUUCGAAACAAACGGUUUGUAACAAUAUGACAGUUGCUUUAGUUUUGAUAAAUGAGUUUACCUGUACCAUUUAACCUCUGUUUUAAGGGGUUCUGCUUCCUGACUCACUGCUAUCAGUAAUUGCU